AUGGCCCGAACCCAGAAGAACAAGGCCACAGAGUACCAUCUUGGUCUGCUGAAGGCGAAGCUUGCCCGUUACCGCGCGCAGCUGCUGGAACCUACCGCGAAGUCUGGUGGACAGGGAACAGGGUUUGACGUGCAAAAGUCGGGUGAUGCUCGCGUCGCGUUAAUUGGGUUUCCAUCCGUCGGCAAGUCGACACUCCUAAGCAAAACGACUCAAACUGCCUCGGAAGCCGCUGCCUAUGAAUUCACGACCUUGACUGCUAUUCCAGGAGUUAUUGAAUACCAGGGAGCUCGCAUCCAACUCCUCGAUCUUCCUGGAAUUCUUGAAGGGGCCAGUUCUGGUCGAGGCCGUGGCCGUCAAGUCGUAGCAACUGCCAAGACAGCGGACCUCAUCCUCAUCAUGUUAGACGCGACAAAAUCAGACGAACAACGCCGGUUACUGGAAAUUGAACUGGAUGCCGUCGGGAUAAGGCUGAACAAGCAAAAACCUGACGUAGUCUUCAAGAAGAAGACAACCGGCGGAGUAACUAUUAACACCACAGUGAAACUCACCAAGACCGACGACAAGACGAUCAGGACAAUCCUAGCAGGGUAUAAAUUGCAUAACUGCGAUGUGAUGAUCAGAGAAGAUAUCACUACGGAUGAAUUCAUCGAUGUGCUAAUAGGAACCAGGAAAUACAUUCCAUGCCUCUAUGUCUACAAUAAAAUCGAUGCAAUCAGUCUAGAGCAGGUCGACAAGAUCGCUCGCCAACCCAACUCUGUUGUCAUUAGCUGCGAGAUGGAUCUCAAGUAA